GAAAACAAUAUUUAAAUGACUGAAGAUAAGAUGUCUGCCAGACUCCUGCUGUCAAUAGUUUUGUGGUCGCUAGUUUUCACAAGUGCGAUUGCGAUUAAAUGUUUCCAGUGCAAUUCGGCAGUGGAUCCAGGUUGUGCUGAUCUCAAAAAGGAGGACACCAACAGCACAUAUUAUAAGGAAUGUUCGGGAGACUAUAAAUUCUGCAGAAAAAUUCAUUCUUCCAUUUUAGGUGACGAUGACAAACUCGUACGUAUUCACAGACAAUGCGGAUGGAUUUUGACAAAGAACGAUUCCAACUGUAAGACCUCGGACACUGAUUUCAUAUUGAAGAAGAACUGUGUUUGUUGGAGUGAUGGUUGCAACUCAUCUAAUAGGAUUCAAGUUGAUUUUACCGUUGUUUUAUUAAUUAUUGCAGUGUAUAAACUAGUCUGUUGACCUGUUUGUGUCAAUAUUAAUUUUAUUGUUAGUAAAAUGUAAUUUAAUAAAAGAAUUUUAUUUAAUAAAA